UGUUACUUAGUCUGUCACUAAGAUCUAGACUCUAGAGGAAGAGUGUUGUUGGCGAUGGCUCUCUUGUUGGCGAUGGCUCUCUUGUUGGCCGCCCAGCUGGUGGCAGCGAGUGGUCUGCAGUGCGAAGCCAGCCCUGAGUUUCAGGAGCUGCAGCACAAGAUGGCGACUAUGGAGAAGCUCAUUCAGCCUCUGCAGAACAAGGUGAAUCUUCUGGAAAAUCAAUUGCAAGCUCUGGAGAAAAUAUCCAAAUCUGUACAGGAGAAAAAGGUGGGCUUCCAUGUUGUGAUGAGGCCCGCCAGCAUGUCUCUUGGGCUGACUUAUGGGGGAUUUGGUCCAUUCGGUGUCGAUCAAGUCCUCAAAUAUGGUCACGUGAUCACCAACGUUGGGGAUAACUACAGCCCACUCACAGGCAUGUUCACGGCCCCAGUGGAUGGGCUCUAUUUCUUCGCGUUCACCACCUGCGCUGACGGACUGGGCCAGGUGAUGGUGGGAGUGCAGCUCAUCAGGAACAACGAGGAAGUGUCAUUUGCGGCGCAGUUUAUGAAAUCGAAAGACGACUGGAUGUCCAACUCGGCAGCUUUGGUGCUCAAGCAAGGCGACCUGGUGUACGUGCGCCUUCCCAGAGGGUCCCAGGUCUCCAGCAGCAUGCGCCACAUGUCUAACACCUUCAGUGGCUUCCUCAUCCAUGAACUGUGAGGGGGGGGAGGGGGA